ACCAAACACCCCGGAAAGCCAGAAACAGAUUAUUCAACGUUCGCGUAUUGUAUAAAAAGCGUUGGGAAAGACGACCAGAACUCGUCUGAUGGCGGUCGUCGUUGGCGGGAACCCAAGGUAGGUGAGGAACUGGUGAUGGACAUAGAGUUACCGGAGUGCCCGGUGUGCCUCCUGUCCUACGACGGAGAGUACACAAUACCUCGCGUACUCGCUUGCGGCCACACUGCCUGCGAGACUUGCCUCGUCAACCUCCCGCAAAAGUAUCCCAACGCGAUUCGCUGUCCUGCGUGUAACGUAAUUGUCAAGUUCCCUCCUCAGGGCCCUCCUUCUCUUCCCAAGAACAUCGACUUGCUCAGGCUCAUCCCAUCAUCUUCCAAGGCAAAUCCCCAAAUACCCGACAAACCAUUCACGAAUUACCAACAAGUCAAUUUUGUUCCUCGCUUAUGGUCCGAUGAGCUCUAUUCGGCUUGGAAGGACUGGGUGCUUCCCGAAGAUGCUGUUUCUUUAGUAUCUAAAUCUAAAGAAGGAGACGAGUUGUGUGGGGGCUUGUUGAGAGAGACGACGAAGGUAAGCCUUGUACGGGUUGGGUCUUUGUCAUGUGACGAUGAUUCUGUGUUUAAGUUUAGUUAUGUUGAGAGGAUCAUGAAUUGUUUGAGUAGAAUGAAAAAGGAGGAGACUGAUGAGUUGAGUUUUAUUUGUAGAGUGUGUUCGAAGCAGAACAGGGUGUGUAAGACAUUGGGGUUGUGGGGUAAUUUGGAAGAUGGUUAUUUGCAUUUAGUAUGUGAGGGACUAAAUGGAUGUUUAUUGAAUGAGUUGCGUGACUUGGGUGAAGAUGGGAUUUUCACUUUUUCUAUUAUUGCUAUGGAAAUAUGUGAGGCCAUGAUUAGUCUGCAUAAAGAAGGCCUGAUUGUCGGCUGUUUGAGCAUUUCUUGCUUUAAAUUUGAUGAUCUUGGGCAUUUAUAUAUUGAUUUGAAUGAGAUAUUAGAGAUGGAAAGGAGGAUCUGUAGACUUGUUGGGGAAGCUGGUUCUGGUGAAGGAACUGGUCAUGGAGAAAUGGAUCUGAUCUUAACUGAUUUACUAACAAACGAGAUAUUUGUGAGUCCCGAGGUACUGCUUGAAUUAUUGCAAAGACAAGGCAUUAAAGUAGAAGGUGGUGGUUUAAAAUAUUCAGUUGGAUAUAGCUCUGAUGUUUGGUCGUUAAGUUGUGUUUUGCUUAGGAUUCUUGUUGGGAAAGAAUUCACCAAUGAGCUAGUUGAGUAUCUACCUUGUAAGAAUGUAGAAAUAAGCAACGAGAGCUUUUUGAAUGUUGUGUGGUCUAAUACUGGGUGGAUGGGGAAAAUCUGUUCUUCUUUGGACUAUAAAUUUGGUAGAAAACUUGAGUCAGUGCAGCAGAGUCUUUUCAAAUGCUUAAAUCUUGUUCCAGGGAGUCGUCCACCAUUGCCUGACAUAUGGAAAUGCAUUAGGGAACUGAUUAUUAAGCCCCAAUUUGAUGGCAUGGUUAGUUUGAAUUCGACAAUUUGGAAGGAGAGUACAAGCCAUUGUUUGUUUCUAGGAGAACUGAGCCUAUACUGGCAGUGCAAAGAAAGAGCUGAAAGACCAGGAGGGCAUGAGUGGGAGGGGACUGAGGAUGAUGGUGAAACAGACUUCAACCAAACUGGGAAGGACAGGAUGGAUAAACAUUUAGUUAAUGGCCUCUCAGAUGGAACUGUCAAGUAUAAAGAUUUGCGGGGACAUCUUGAUUGCAUUACUGGAUUAGCUGUUGGAGGGAAUUUCCUUUUUAGCUCCUCAUUUGAUAAAUCCAUCAACCUUUGGUCUCUUCAGGAUUUCUCACACUUGCAUACAUUUAGAGGUCAUGAGCAUAAAGUCAUGGCUGUAGCUUACGUGGAUGGAGAAGAACCGUUGUGUGUAAGUGGUGAUAGUGAAGGUGGAAUAUAUUUGUGGAAUGCAAGUAUCCCUUUCGGGCAAGAACCAUUAAGGAAAUGGUAUGAACCCAAGGAUUGGCGCUAUAGUGGUAUUCAUUCUUUGACCACUUCAGGAAACAGAUAUAUCUAUACUGGCAGUGGAGAUAAGACCAUCAAAGCAUGGUCCUUGCAUGUCUGGAUGAAUGAUGUGCUUAUGAAAUGCAUACAAACUCACAGUGGUGCCGUUUUUGCUACUGAUAUGGAUGGAAAAUGGCUGUUCACUGGAGGGUGGGACAAGACUAUCAAUGUGCAGGAAUUAAAAGGAGAUGAAUUCCAACUAGAGGCAACACCUAUUGGAUCCAUCUCCUGUGGUUCUGUCAUCACAACUUUGUUGUACGUUCAAGGAAAGCUUUUUGUUGGAUGUGCUGAUAGGACUGUCAAGGUACUUAUAUAUUCUUCUGUUAAUUUUUACCAAAAUAUGGCUUUUGAGCUUGUUAGAGGCCCAGACGCCGAAGAUUCAACAUUUACACAUGGCUUCCAUCAAGCUGGAUGUAGUAGAUUUAAAGCAGUUGAUUUGGCCAAUUUUGUGAUAUUGGCGCUCUACUCUGUUAUAUCCCUUACAGAGGCAUUUGCUGUUGUUCGCGAAGCUGCCAGAAGGAAGCUUGGAAUGCGCCAUUUUGAUGUGCAGAUAAUUGGUGGUGCGGUGCUUCAUGAUGGAUCCAUUGCAGAGAUGAAAACGGGUGAAGGAAAAACAUUAGUUUCCACAUUAGCUGCAUAUCUUAAUGCACUAACCGGCAAGGGUGUUCAUGUGGUGACUGUUAAUGAUUACUUGGCUCAUCGUGAUGCUGAGUGGAUGGGUCGUGUUCAUCGCUUCUUAGGUCUUUCGGUUGGUCUUAUUCAGAGAGGGAUGACUGCUGAAGAGAGGAGAUCCAACUACAGAUGUGAUAUAACAUACACCAAUAACUCGGAACUUGGUUUUGAUUAUCUACGAGAUAAUCUUGCUUCAAAUGGUGACCAACUGGUUAUGAGAUGGCCAAAGCCAUUUCAUUUUGCUAUAGUUGAUGAAGUUGACUCAGUUCUCAUUGAUGAAGGGCGAAAUCCUUUGUUGAUAAGUGGUGAGGCCAGUAAAGAUGCUGCAAGAUAUCCAGUUGCUGCCAAAGUAGCUGAGCUUCUCAUACGGGGUGUGCAUUACAACGUGGAACUUAAAGACAAUUCAGUGGAAUUGACUGAGGAAGGCAUAACACUUGCAGAGAUGGCUCUUGAAACAAAUGAUUUAUGGGAUGAAAAUGAUCCUUGGGCAAGGUUUGUGAUGAAUGCUUUGAAAGCUAAAGAAUUUUAUCGAUGUGAUGUUCAAUACAUUGUUAGAAAUGGGAAGGCUCUUAUUAUCAAUGAGUUAACUGGAAGAGUUGAAGAGAAAAGGAGAUGGUCUGAAGGGAUCCACCAGGCAGUUGAGGCUAAAGAAGGUUUGAAGAUCCAGGCUGACUCAGUGGUGGUGGCUCAAAUCACUUACCAGUCACUGUUUAAGCUCUACCCUAAGCUAUCAGGGAUGACAGGGACCGCAAAAACUGAAGAGAAAGAGUUUUUGAAGAUGUUCCAGAUGCCAGUCAUUGAAGUUCCUACAAAUCUGCCAAAUGUUCGUGUAGAUUUACCCAUACAAGCUUUUGCUACUGCUCGAGGAAAAUGGGAAUAUGUUCGUCAAGAAGUUGAAUACAUGUUUCGACAUGGUCGUCCUGUUUUAGUUGGAACCACAAGUGUUGAGAAUUCUGAAUAUCUAUCAAAUCUGCUGAAGGAGUGGAAUAUUCCUCACAAUGUCUUGAAUGCAAGGCCGAAGUAUGCUGCAAGAGAAGCUGAAGUUGUUGCCCAAGCAGGGCGAAAAUAUGCUAUCACCAUUUCUACGAACAUGGCUGGCAGAGGCACGGAUAUAAUUCUGGGUGGAAAUCCAAAAAUGCUAGCAAAAGAAAUUAUUGAAGAUAGCCUGAUUUCGUUUCUGACAAGAGAAGUUCGUAACAAUGAAGUUGAUGACAAAGAAAUUUCAGAAAGGGUAUUUUCAAAGAUAAAGGUUGGAUCGUCCUCAUUAGCUUUGCUAGCUAAGACUGCCUUAAUGGCAAAAUAUGUUGGCAAAAGUGAGGGUAAGAGUUGGACAUAUAAGGAGGCAAAGUCCUUGAUUUCAGAGUCUGUAGAAAUGAGCCAGUCAAUGGAUUUGAAAGGAUUGCAAAUGCUUAUCGAUGAGCAGUCUGAAAUGUAUCCUCUCGGCCCCACUAUAGCGCUUGCUUAUUUGUCAGUUCUAAAGGAUUGUGAAGUACACUGUUUGCGUGAGGGAUCCGAAGUGAAAAGUCUUGGGGGUCUUCAUGUGAUUGGGACAUCUUUGCAUGAGUCACGAAGAAUAGAUAACCAGCUACGUGGCAGAGCAGGAAGGCAAGGGGAUCCUGGAUCAACACGAUUCAUGGUGAGCUUACAAGAUGAAAUGUUUCAAAAAUUUAAUUUCGAUACUGAGUGGGCUGUGAAGCUGAUAACAAAAAUUACAAAUGAUGAGGAUAUACCAAUUGAAGGCAAUGCAAUUGUGAAACAGCUUUUGGCCCUUCAAAUCAACGCAGAGAAGUACUUCUUUGGCAUUAGAAAAAGCCUUGUUGAGUUUGAUGAAGUAUUGGAGGUGCAAAGGAGGCAUGUUUAUGACCUCAUGCAAUUGAUUUUAACCGGUGAUGAUGAAAGUUGUUCCCAGCAUAUAUUCAGGGGCUUUGAUGAUACAUAUAUAAAAGAAAUUGAGAGAGCAGUACUUUUGAAGACUCUAGAUUGUUUCUGGAGGGAUCAUCUCAUAAACAUGAACAUGCUUAGUUCUGCGGUAAAUGUUAGAAGUUUUGGACACAGGAACCCCCUGGAAGAAUAUAAAAUUGAUGGUUGCCGAUUUUUCAUAUCAAUGCUUAGUGCAACGAGAAGGCUAACUGUGGAAUCACUCUUGCAUUAUUGGUCAUCCCCUAUGGAGGCCCAAGAACUAUUUGUAUCAUAGAAGUUGAUUGGUCAAUCCGCCAAGAUAGCGAGGAGUCCUCAUCACCAAAAUUGCAAGAGUAAUAAAUAAUUUAUGAUCGGAGAACCCCAAACCUCUCUCUUUCCGCCACAAGUUCAGAGUUUUGUCUCAUGAUUUGGUGAAAACUUCUUGGUCUGGCUGGCAGAAUGAUUAUUAUGGGAACUUGAGAAAAUAUCCAAAUCAUCAAGUAUAAUGAAUUUGAAGCUUUCACCUGAAAGGAGAGGAGAGACGCUGUGCCUGUCUGUAAUGCUGUCUGGAGAUGGUGUAGUAGAAACUUUGAGCAAAAUAACUGGAGAGAGCAUAAUUGACCACAGUUAACGGGUUAAGAUUCUGCACCAGUAAUUUGUUUGAGCAUGUGACAGCUUCGGGGUGUCUUAUACUUGCAUAUGCUUAUAUGUGUAUAGUAAAUACAGAUUAGUCCACUUGAAGAUUACAUACUAACAACCCAUAAUCGUAUCAGUCUUCAGUGUUUGGACUUAGUUCACAGACCAGGUCUAUUGUAAGUUAUGGUCCAUUAUUUAUUCCUAAGACGAGUUAGUAAGUUGUUUUUUUAGGGGAAUUUUAAUUUAUUGUUACAGAAACUACCAACUCAUAAAUUUUCAUGUCAAGCCAGUAGAUUUAUCAGUCACCUUGCUUUUCUCACUCAAUUUAGGUGAAGCAAAAACUACUAUGACAUGCUGGCUUCCUUUGGUAUUAAUGAUUCUCAGUAUUACUUACUGAAAAUUGAAGAUCCAAAGUAAACAGUUUGUAAGGGUUUACGGUGCAAAAUAUUUAGACUU